GAGACGAACAUCUGCAGCUCGUCCUUCCAUGCUGCCGCCGUCUGUGCAGGAGCAGGUUGCUAUGCUGUAGAUCGGGUGAUGCAGAUAGGAGGGCCAAAGAGGGUGUUUGUGCCCUGCCGUCCUCCUGGGCACCAUGCUGGACCGUCGGGUCAGGUGGCAGAUGAUGCAGGGCGCUUGUCUCCCUCCCAGGGGUUUUGCCUGCUCAACUCGGUUGCGAUCGCAGCAGCGUAUGCGAGGUUGGCGCCGUACAAUUACAAGGGGAUUCUACAGCGAAUUGCCAUCAUAGACUUCGAUGCUCAUUAUGGCGACGGGACGGCUGCCUGCGUCAUGAACCUUCGGCCUCGCUAUCGGCUGCGGGUGGUGGACGGCAACCCGAACAUCUUGUCGAUCCCUCUCCCCCGGGGAACCGAAUCAAAUCGAUUCCGAGAGAUUGCAGCUAACCAGAUGCUCCCCCACCUCGCCGCGUUCCGACCCAACCUCAUCUUCCUCUCCUCGGGCUUUGACGGGCAUGCUGAGGACGUGCUGGGUAACGACGGAGGGCUGCAGCUGACAGAAGAAGACUUCAAGUGGUUCACGCUUCGGGUUGGCGAGAUAGCAGAUCGGUACAGUGAGGGGAGAAUCAUCUCGAUGCUCGAGGGAGGAUACCACCUG